AUGAUUAGCGGCAGUUUCACAUUCGGAAUUGUGGUAUUUUUUGCCUUCCCUAUUUUUCAACUGGGGGCAAAGUCCAUUUUCAAAUUCACCAACAUCAAGUGUCAAGAUCAUGAUCUCAACUUUUCUCGCUCCGAAGUUUGUCGCCUCAAGGUGAUAGGGCGUGGCCUGGUCUCCCUCAAUGUCCGAGUUGGAUUGUACAAAACUCCGGUGACAAAUGUAACGCUCAAUAUGGGAUUUUACAAAAAGGCCAAUGGGUUUAAGCCCUUUCUGUACAACUAUACAGUGGACUUUUGUGACUUUGUACGAAAUCGUAAAAGAUAUCCUGUGGUAAAAGUCAUAUUUGAUAUUUUCCUUUCUGCCUCCAAUAUAAAUCACACCUGUCCCUAUGAUCAUGCCAUUGUGGUGGAUAACCUGGUGUUGGAUGAAGGCAAAUUUCAGUAUUUACCAAUUCCCGAAGGUGAAUACAUGCUAAAACUGAGAGUGUUUGCUUACAAUGAUUUGAAGGCCACCGUGGAGGCUUACUAUUAUCGCAAGAUGUCGUUUUCAUUGUGA